AUGCUGUCCAAAUCAAUCGUCGCGCUCGCGCUCGCUCCCGUCGCUCUCGCCCACUUCACCCUCAAAUACCCUACAUCUCGUGGCUUCGAUGAGGACAAGGAGCCAACCUUCCCUUGCGGAGGCUACGAUACCGUGUCAUCGCAGCGCACCGACUUUGCCAUCAGCGGCGGGCCUAUUCAGAUCAACCUGGGACACCAACAGACCAACGUAGCUGUGUACAUGGCCGUUGGUGAUAACCCAGGCUCCGGCUUCAGCGUUGUUCUGCACCAACAAUUCCAGGUCGCUGGCUACGGCGACUUCUGCUUGGGCAAUGUCAGCAUUCCCUCGAGCUUGAACGUCACAGAAGGUACAAAGGCAUCCAUUCAGGUCGUCACAAACGCACACGGCGAGGGCGGCCUCUACCAGUGCACCGACGUCAACCUGGUCAAUACAGCCCUCUCCCAGUCGGACUACAGCACAAACUGCAAGAACGGCAGCGGCGUCUCAGUCAGCCAGGAGAACAUCUCUGGCAACCCCAACAGCACAAGCGACACAGGCUCAGCGAGUGGAAGCGCGAGCGGAAGCGCGAGCGGAACUGGCGCUGCUGCUUCCCCCACAGCGACUCGCACAGGUGAUGCGGCACAAGCAAAGGCUGCCUCCUGGGGCAAGGGCACACCCCGCAGGAAGGUCAAGAAGGUCCACAGGGCCGCUGGUACCGACGACAAGAAGCUCCAGGCUGCGCUUAAGAAGCUGAACGUCCAGCCCAUCCAGGCUAUUGAGGAGGUCAACAUGUUCAAGAGCGACGGCAACGUCAUUCACUUCUCGGCACCAAAGGUUCACGCCUCGGUACCCGCCAACACCUUUGCCAUCUACGGCGCCGGUGAGGACAAGGAGCUCACCGAGCUCGUCCCCGGUAUCCUCAACCAGCUCGGUCCCGACUCGCUCGCAUCGCUGCGCAAACUCGCCGAGAGCUACCAGAGCAUGCAGAAGGAGAAGGGUGAGGCUGGCGAGAAGGAUGACGACGAGGAUGACGAUGACAUCCCCGACCUCGUUGCUGGCGACAACUUCGAGUCGGCUGAGAACAAGCCUGACGUCGAGUAA